ACGGAAGAAGAAGUAGAAGUCUGAAGCCGAAGAAGAAGCCCACACGUGUUACCAACAUGUCGGCUUACCGUUUUGUUGUGUGUUGAGAUUACAUGAGCUGUGUUGAACACUAGUUUGGUGACGUUUUGUCUCAUAAUCUGUACAGUAAUUCUACCGACCGCAGUCUUGAAAGAGACUCGAAACGUCAGGAUGGCGCAGAGAAAGAAGAAACUGACGAAGAAGAAGAGACACACAGCCAACAGGGAGCCAGAGGCUGAUUCUGACAGCGGAGACUUUGAGCUGGCUGCUGAAGUGAAGGACGAUGAUUCGCCAGGGAGGAAGCUGCUCCGCUUCCCUGCCUCAUCAGACUGCCUGUCGGAUGUGGAGCCUGACACCAGGGAGCUUGUCAGAGCCCAAAACAAGAAGAAGAAGAAGUCUGGAGGCUUUCAGUCCAUGGGUCUCAGUUACCCCGUAUAUAAAGGUGUCAUGAAGAAGGGUUAUAAAGUCCCUACUCCGAUCCAAAGAAAGACUAUCCCGGUGAUUUUGGAUGGCAAAGAUGUAGUAGCCAUGGCCAGGACUGGCAGUGGUAAGACAGCUGCCUUCCUGGUGCCCAUGUUUGAGAAGCUGAAAGCUCCUCAAGCCCAAACAGGAGCCAGGGCCCUCAUCCUGACCCCCACCAGAGAGUUGGCUCUGCAGACCAUGAAGUUCACAAAAGAGUUGGGAAAAUUUACAGGCCUCAAGACUGCCUUGAUCCUCGGUGGAGACAGUAUGGAUGGUCAGUUUGCCGCUCUUCAUGAAAAUCCUGACAUAAUCAUUGGUACCCCUGGUCGUUUGAUGCAUGUUAUAAAGGAGAUGAACCUGAAGUUGCAAAAUGUCGAGUACGUGGUGUUUGAUGAGGCUGACAGGCUGUUCGAAAUGGGUUUUGCCGAGCAGCUUCAGGAGAUCAUCCAAAGACUUCCCGACACCAGACAGACUCUGCUGUUUUCUGCCACUCUGCCAAAACUGCUGGUGGAGUUUGCCAGAGCUGGUCUGACUGAACCAGUAUUGAUCCGUUUGGAUGUGGAUUCUAAGCUCAGCGACCAGAUUAAGCUGUCGUUUUUCCAUCUGCGUGUAGACGACAAGUCAGCACUGCUGCUUCAUCUGCUGAGGAACGUGGUGAAGCCUCAGGAGCAGACUGUGGUUUUUGUAGCCACCAAGCACCAUGUAGAAUACCUCAAGGAGCUGCUGGCUUCAGAAGGUGUGGAGUGUGCCUACAUCUACAGCUCCCUUGAUCAGACUGCCAGGAAGAUCAACAUUGGGAAAUUUGUGCAUCGUAAAGCCAUGGUGCUAAUUGUGACUGAUGUUGCUGCUCGUGGUAUAGACAUCCCUCUGCUGGACAAUGUCAUCAACUACAACUUCCCUUCCAAGGCCAAGCUCUUCUUGCACAGAGUUGGCCGUGUGGGACGUGCUGGUCGCAGUGGCACAGCCUACAGUAUGAUUUGUCAAGACGAGAUGCCUUAUGUCUUUGACCUUCACCUCUUCCUCGGAAGGCCUGUUCAGUUCACCACACCUGAACACACUCAAGAUUCAGAUGGUCUGUUUGGUCGGGUCCCUCAGAGUAUACUGGAUGAUGAAAGUUCUCAUCUGAUCACGGCUCAUGAAAACUCCCUGGACCUGCAAAACCUGCACCGUGUGUCAGAGAACGCCUACAAGCAGUACCUCAAGUCUCGACCAAACCCCUCACCUGAGUCCAUCAGACGGGUCAAAAGCACGGAUUUGUCCUGCAUGGCCGUCCAUCCCCUGCUAGGGUUAGGCUUGGAGAAAAUGGAACUGGAACGCCUUCAAUUAGUUGACGCAAUCAAAGGCUACAAAUCCAAAUCAACUAUCUUUGAAAUCAACUCCAGCAGUAAGACACAGGCUAGUGAGGUAAUGCGGAAAAAACGCUCUAAAGACACGCAACUGGUGGACAAAUUCAGCAAACAGAGAGACAAACUGGCUGCCGAAAGCCAGCUGCAAAGGACCAGCAACCCCACCACCGCUGCUGACGACGAUUUCACACACUCCACUAGUAGAGAGGAUGACGAUCUAAAGGGGGUGUUCUCUGAAGUGGUAGGUGGGAAAAGGAGAGGCCUGCAGGAAGAUGGGGAACAACAGCAGAAGAAUAAGAGAAGCAGACAGUUGGGCAAAGAUGAGGAGUAUUACAUCCCCUACAGACCCAAAGACUUCAACUCUGAGAGAGGGUUAAGUCUCGGGGGAGAGGGCACUGCUUUUGAACAGCAGGCCUCCUCGGCUCUCCUGGACCUCAUGGGAGAUGAGGGAGAUCGCCUCAACCAACACAAAAACAUGAUGAAAUGGGAUCGCAAGAGGAAGCGCUUCGUGAGAGAAACAGGAAAGGAUGAACAGAAGAAGAAGAAGAUCAGAACAGACGGCGGUCAGGUCAUCAAUAACAAGACAAACAGGAAGAACUUUUAUGAGGAAUGGAAGAAAAAAUACAGGAUUGAUGAUGCUGGAUCAGAUGGAGAAACAGGAGGAGGAGGAGGAGGGAGGAGGCCAGCAGGAGGUCGUGGUCGCGGCCGUGGUCGACGAGGUCUUAACUCCCAGAGCCCCAACCUGCAGAGGCCCGCGGGACCGCAGCAGACGCCUGGUGGCCGUGCAGCGCGCUCAGAGCUGAAGUCGAAGCAGCAGAUCCUGAAGCAGCGCAAGAAGCAUCAGAAGCACCAGUUCCUGCAGAGCGGAGGCUUGAAGAAACUUCGUACCAAGAACAAACAGUGGCUCGGUGAAGUUAAGAAGUCAGGUUUUGGACGAGGUGGUCAGAAGAAGGGUAAGAUGAAGAAGAGACUCUGAGGUGGACAUAGAGGGAUGACGGCGUGAUAUGGUUGAAAUGGAGUGAACCACGAGCUACCGGAUGGUGACUGCUAUUGACUUCUCAAACCACCUACAGUAAUUUCACACAGUCUUUCAUGAUUGUGGAUUAGACUGUGAGAUGAUUCACCUACUGAACUCUGAUGUUGAUACGGAGUGUGUAUAAGAACAAUCCGGUGUAUUGGAUAUUUUGAGUGUGUUGACAGAUGAAAUGUUGUUGAGUACAGAGCUAUGUCUGUACACAUUGUUGACUGUUGGCAAAAUACAUAUAUAAAUGGAGAAAUA